AUUCCUUUUAGCGUGGUCUGGUUGGGUUAGGUCUGUCUUCGAAAUGAAACAAAGACGGAGGCUCUGAAAUAAAGGCUUUCGAGAGAAAGAGAGAGAAGAAGAAGAAGAAAAAUAAAAGAAGAGAGUAGUGUGUGUUUGUCUCUGUCUCUGUCUUCGUUCGAAACCAUGAAUCUCUUCUCUUCCCUAUAACUCCUCUCAGAUUCGAUCCUCUCUUCUCUUCUCCCAAUUUCCCCCCCUCCCCCAAAAUGACGGGAUUUUCUCGCUCGCGCGAUCACGCUUCUUCCUCUUCGCACAAUUCCAACAGCAGUGGUAGCAAUGUAUUCAAUUUGCUCGCAAGGAGAGAAAUCUCACCCCGAACCAAAUAUGUGGCCAAAUGGCACUGGGUUGAAGCUUCUAAGUCAAAGUCUAGUCCUUAUUCUCGUCCCAAGAAUGAGGUUGUGAGAGAUGCAAGACGAGGUCUCCUCUCAUGGGUUGAGGCUGAAUCAUUACGGCAUUUGUCAGCUAAGUAUUGUCCCUUAUUGCCUCCUCCUCGGUCUACUAUUGCAGCAGCAUUUAGUUCCGAUGGGAAGGUUCUUGCCUCUACACAUGGUGACCAUACAGUGAAGAUAAUUGAUUGUGAAACUGGAAGUUGCUUAAAGGUGUUAGUUGGCCAUAGGAGAACGCCUUGGGUGGUUAGGUUCCAUCCAUUGCAUCCACAUAUACUUGCGAGUGGGAGCUUGGAUCAAGAAGUUCGUUUAUGGGAUGCCAACACAUCAGAGUGCAUAAUAUCUCAUCAUUUCUACCGCCCCAUUGCAUCUAUUGCUUUUCAUGCCAAAGGUGAAAUAAUUGCUGUUGCAUCUGGCCACAAGUUGUACAUAUGGCACCACAACAAAAAAGGUGAAGCAUCCUCUCCUAUAUUUGUGUUGAAGACAAAGCGCUCACUUCGGGCUGUGCAUUUUCACCCACAUGCCGCACCAUAUCUUUUAACUGCCGAGGUCAAUGAUCUUGACUCUUCAGAUUCCUCAAUGACAGAGGCAACAUCUCUUGGCUAUUUACAAUAUCCUCCACCUGCUGUUUUUGUCACAAAUAUUCAGCCUACAGAACAUAUUAGUUUGUCCACCGAACUACCUUAUGUGUCAUUCCCUUUCUUUUUUAUGCCCUCAUAUACUCUUGACGAGUCAAGAACAGAACUACAACAUUCUAGUCAUGAUGUGGGCUCAGGUAGCAUGCAAAUUGAGUCUUCUGCCAUGGUACAGUUACAAGCAGAUACAAGUGCAACAGAGCAACAUGAGGCCACUGUGUCUCCCAUGGAUACAUUCUCUGAGAUGCCCACUAGUUCUCAAACUGCUACAGAAUAUCCCACCCAUACUUCUUUCUCUAAUGGAAUGGGAAUUGGCCUCAGUAAUCUCACAAUGGAUGGUAUGGAGACGGAUGAAACCAGACCUGCUGAAGGAAGCCAACAUGGAAACUCUACUAAUACCUAUUCUUUUAAUGGUGUGCUACAUGGACUGUCUAGGCAAACUGCCAACCGUGGGGUUCCCUCUGAGUUGGGUCAAUUUAACCAGUUUUUUCCUUCUAGUUCAAGAGAUCCAAGUGCAUGGGAGUUGCCUUUUCUGCAAGGAUGGUUAAUGGGUCAAAGCCAAGUUGGUGUUCCUUCAAUGCUUCCUCACAUGGGUGCUAGCCGUGACAUUCUAGCCCAACAGAUUGGUUCUUCCAUAAUGCCAUCUAAUCUUUCCAGUUCUAAUAAUGAUGCAGCAAUGCCAUCUUCAGCAAUAACUGGCAGCAUCAGCAUACCAGGUUCUUCAACGAGAUCAGGUUUACGGAAUCAUUUUUCACAAUCCCGUCAACCUGUAUCUGAAUCAGGCAAUCUUGCUACUUCUAUUAAUAAUUCACACGAUGGAUCCGAUAUCCAAACAAUCAUGAGUCGAAUUCAAUCAGAACUUGCCGCUACAUCAGUGGCUGCUGCAGCAGCGGCAGAGUUGCCCUGCACUGUGAAGUUAAGAGUGUGGUCACAUGACAUAAAAAAUCCUUGUGUCCCACUUAAUGCCGACAGAUGUCGUCUGAACAUACCACAUGCUGUCCUCUGCAGUGAAAUGGGUGCUCAUUUUUCACCAUGUGGUAGAUUUUUGGCCGCCUGUGUUGCAUGUAUGCUUCCUCAUAUAGAGGCUGAUCCAGGCUUAAUAACUCCAGUACACCAAGAGCCGGGUGUUGCAACAUCACCAACCCGACAUCCAAUCUCAGCACACCAAGUUAUGUAUGAGUUGCGAAUAUAUUCCCUUGAGGAGGCAACAUUUGGGUUGGUGCUUGCAUCACGGGCAAUUAGAGCAGCUCAUUGUCUGACAUCAAUUCAGUUCUCUCCUACAUCUGAGCACAUACUACUUGCCUAUGGUCGACGUCAUGGUUCUCUUCUUAAAAGUAUUGUUAUUGAUGGAGAAACAACAUUACCUAUAUACACAGUGCUAGAGGUAUAUAGGGUGUCAGAUAUGGAACUUGUUAGGGUGCUUCCUAGUGCAGAAGACGAGGUCAAUGUGGCAUGCUUUCAUCCUUUUGCUGGGGGAGGACUAGUUUAUGGAACAAAGGAAGGAAAGCUUAGGGUCCUCCAGUAUGACGGUGCUCAUGCAGUGAAUGGCAACGGACCAAGUUACUUUCCUGAGGAGACCAUUAUUGGAGUCAGUCAGUGAGCAAGGUUUACAUAAAUGAUUGGACAUGGAACUCAAAGAUUUGAUUCACAUUACAGUGCAACUCACAUGGAUAAUUAUAGGGAGAGGUGGACCUCUCAAGGAGUUGAGCUUUCUCACCAUAAGAUGUACUAUAUAUUCAGAGUAGAGAUUCUCUCACCUUGAUUUUUAAUCAACAACUCAACCAGUGAAGUUAUUGAAAAAACAAUUCAACCAUUUAAAGCUCAACUCUUGGGAGCUCUGUGCUGAUGAUCUGCCCAAACAUAACCUUAUCCAGUGCUGAGCCCAUCCAACCGAUGGUGGAACUUCACUCACUGCAGUACCAAAUGUAUAUUUUUGUAUUAUCCAUGUAUGAGUAUGUACUAACAUUUUCCUUUGUUAACAUGUUUGUAUUUCUUAUUUUCCUCUCCAACCCCCUCCCUCCUUCAACCCAUAAGUGGGAAUCUCCGUUUCUACCUGUGUAACGUUAGUAGUGAAAGAAAAUGUUUGUUUUUUUUUUCUUU